AUUUGAGGAGUGAGCUUUGACUUUUGGCUUUUAAUGGAUCGACAGAUUUCCUCUGGUUUCCAGAAACCAUUCAUAAACACCUUGUGCUCCCCUCCUGUGGCCAUCCUUUUUCCCCUCUCUUUCUUCUCAUCUUCAUUGCAUACCUCUAUCCUCUUACCAUCAUCCUCUCUUGCCAUCUAGACCGGUUCUGCUGUCUCCAAUUGCAUACAUUUCAUACAUAAACACUUUACCUAAGGUGAGCUUCAAUCGAGAUAAAAUAGUCACAGCUAUUAUCAAUGCCCAUACCCCUGCCCCUCACCAUACUCUCAGCAAUAGCAGCAGUGCACCAGCAAAGCAGAGCGACCUAACCUUAGGGAGCUCUCUGGGCUGGCCCCCCUCCCCCUCCAAACCCCUCCUCCACCUUCUGUCACCCCUCCCUCACCGAUUGGAAUAAUCCCCCCACCAAAAAAAUGCUAUGAGCUGGUUUGAUUUGGCUUGGUUUGGUAUGGCUGUGAUGAGCAACAACAAACCACUCUCCGUUACUGGGCUGGGAAGGGCUGGGCAACGUUGAGGCAUAUUUCACCCACUCAUUGAGUGACCUUCCCUGGCACUGGCUGGCACUGCUAUUGUCCAAUUGCUCAGCGCUCAGCUCUAUCAUGGCACUGCCCGUUGGAGCGCCGGCCGUUCCAUCGGUCGAACCUUCCACUCCCAAUCAGCUAUAUAAUUUCUUCCACCUCUUCAUCUCCCCGCUCCCCUCCUCUUCCUCUUCCUCUUCCUCUUCAUCCUUCACACCUUUUUACCCUAAAGGCAAAUCAAUUAACCCAACGACCCUUAGAAAACAUAUUACCCGUCAACAUGGCUGUCAAGAAGGUCUUCGCCCGCUCCGUCUACGACUCCCGUGGAAACCCCACCGUCGAGGUUGACGUCGUCACCGAGACUGGCCUCCACCGUGCCAUCGUUCCCUCCGGUGCCUCUACCGGUUCGUCCCGACCCCCUUCGGCUACUGUCCGUAUGCACUCGCUAAGUUCAUGAUAAUCCAGGUCAGCACGAGGCUUGCGAGCUCCGAGAUGGCGACAAGUCCAAGUGGGGUGGCAAGGGUGUUACCAAGGCCGUCGAGAACGUGAACACCGUCAUUGCUCCCGCUCUUAUCGAGAAGAAUCUCGAUGUCAAGGACCAGUCCGCUGUCGAUGCUUUCCUCAACGAGCUCGAUGGUACUCCCAACAAGACCAAGCUUGGUGCCAACGCUAUUCUAGGUGUGUCUCUGGCUGUCGCCAAGGCUGGUGCUGCUGAGAAGGUGAGCUUCAAACAUGUGAAUUGCAUGCUAUGAAUAUCUCAGCUAACCACUCACUGCAGGGCGUUCCUCUGUACGCUCACGUCUCCGACCUCGCCGGAACCAAGAAGCCUUAUGUCCUCCCCGUUCCCUUCAUGAACGUCCUCAACGGUGGCUCCCAUGCUGGUGGCCGUCUCGCCUUCCAAGAGUUCAUGAUCGUUCCUACUGAGGCGCCCACUUUCACCGAGGCCAUGCGCCAGGGUGCUGAAGUCUACCAGGCCCUUAAGGGUCUGGCCAAGAAGCGAUAUGGCCAGUCCGCCGGCAACGUCGGUGAUGAGGGUGGUGUUGCUCCCGAUAUCCAGACUGCCGAGGAGGCCCUUGAGCUCAUCACCGAUGCCAUUGAGCAGGUUGGCUACACCGGCAAGAUCAAGAUCGCCAUGGAUGUUGCCUCUAGCGAGUUCUACAAGGUUGAGGAGAAGAAGUACGAUCUUGACUUCAAGAACCCCGAGUCCGACCCCACCAAGUGGAUUACAUACGAGGAGCUCGCCAACCUGUACUCCGAGCUCUGCAAGAAGUAUCCUAUCGUCUCCAUUGAGGACCCCUUCGCUGAGGACGACUGGGAGGCCUGGAGCUACUUCUCCAAGACCCAGGACAUCCAGAUUGUUGGCGAUGACCUGACUGUCACCAACCCCCUGCGAAUCAAGAAGGCCAUCGAGCUCAAGUCUUGCAACGCCCUUCUUCUCAAGGUCAACCAGAUUGGUACUCUGACCGAGUCCAUCCAGGCUGCUAAGGACUCCUACGCUGAUGGCUGGGGUGUCAUGGUCUCUCACCGAUCCGGCGAGACUGAGGAUGUCACCAUUGCUGACAUUGCUGUUGGUCUCCGUGCCGGUGAGAUCAAGACCGGUGCCCCUGCCCGAUCUGAGCGUCUCGCCAAGCUCAACCAGAUCCUCCGAAUUGAGGAGGAGCUUGGUGACCAGGCUAUUUACCCUGGUGCUAACUUCCGCAAGUCUGUUAACCUGUAAAUGGGAAUCGACUGAUACGUGGAACAAAAGCCUUGUGAUGAUAAUGAUGCCUUUGGGUCCUCGGCCGGGAGCGCGUGAGACCAUAUACCAGAACGGCAAAUUGAAAGUAAUAGAGGCAAAAAUAGUAAAAGCAAACUGAUCAAUUAAUGAACCUUUGAUUGAAGUUCAACAAAUUCAUUUCCCCUCGUGCAAAAACCUUUGUGCAUGUCC